AGCUUUCCAGCACAACGAAUUCAUUCGGUCUUGUUGGCCAUCUCCAUUUUUGAUACCUUGGAGAGGCCAGCUGAAUUCCCAGUGACCUACUUUCUUUUAACUCAUAUUCUUAUUGAAGUAGGACAGCAGAGGAAAGGGGCAAUAGAAAGGCAGGCAUAUAUGCGGAAAGAGCCGCUGAUAUAAAGCAGGCAAAAGAGUAAAUUAAGGAUUUGAGAGCAAAGAGAAAGUAAGAUCAUGGGUGUGGUGAAGGCGACCAUAGGAGAUGCAAUCUUGACAUGUUUAUGGGUAUUCAGCGCGCCGAUGAUAGGAAUUCUUACUCCUGUCAUAGCUACAUAUCUUGGUGUUCAAGCCCAGUCACUGGCAGGCCUCUUCAUCACUACCAUCCUUAUCACAGCUCUUGUCACGACAUUCAGCUUGAUAGGGAAGGCCUUGGGUGGUGCUAGCUUCAAUCCCUCUUCCACCGUUUCAUUCUACGCUGCAGGCCUUAUUCCUGACUCAUCUCUCAUCUCCUUGGCCGCCCGAUUUCCUGCUCAGGCUGCCGGUGGAGUGGGCGGCGCCAUGGCAAUACUGCAAGUGCUCCCAAUCCAAUACAAACAAAGGCUCAAGGGACCUUCUCUGAAAGUGGAUUUGCAUACCGGAGCCGUUGUCGAGGGUGUUUUGACAUUUGUGCUUAGCUUUGCCCUCCUUUUGAUCAUGCUCAGGGGUCCUAGAAAUCUACUGUUGAAGGUUUGGUUUCUCGCUGUGACAACCCUAGGAUUAAUUGUUGUAGGGUCUGGUUACACGGGGCCUUCCUUGAACCCUGCCAACGCCUUUGGCUGGGCAUUUCAGAACAAUCAGCACAGUAGUUGGGAACAUUUUUAUGUUUAUUGGAUUUGUCCCUUCAUAGGAGCAACUUUGGCUGCUUGGAUCUUUAGGAUUUUGUUUAUUCCACCAAUCAAGGAGAAGAAAGCCUGAAGAAGCAUGUUGAAUGAUCUAGAUAAGCUCCACUUGCCUCUGUUAGAAAUGAGAUGCACAUAAAUAUUGAAGCUAUAAACAAUGAGCAACUGUAUCCACUAUUAUACAUUCAUCAAAGCAGUCCUUUCCUGGAACUUUUCAACAGCCACAUUUUUCAGGUGACCCUACUGGAAACAACCCUAGGAUCUUGAAGCAAUUGGCCCGGACCAAAAUGGUUGGUCUAUUUUCCCAAUUGUUUGUUUUUAUGUUUUUCAUUUGGCACUGUGUUGUGUGUUUGAUGCGAUUGAUAAGGAAUCCCAUUCCAUAUCC